UCGACUUCCAAAACAUAUCUCGUGCGGGGUUUUCUGCCUGAUGAUCUUAAUUUUCCAUCAUUAUCUUCAUUGGGUGUUGGGUUCUUUGAGAGUUGAAGAUAUUUUAAAAUAGAUAAGAACCCUUCCCAUCGUUGUCUCUCACCUUUAUCAGCUCCAUCUUCUAGCUUCUUUUACCAUCUUGUAGAUAAUCCUUCAGUCAACAGUUGCAAAGCUUAAAUAUAAAAGGACCUUAGGUCUGUGAAUUUCUGCUUCUCGUUCUUUAGCUUUUUUGCUCUUUCUGUAGAAAGAAUGGAUGCUGUGAAGGACACUAAAUGGAAGAAAAGCCUGUUUAUGAGGGCGUGGUAUCGAUCACUCACUGUUGGCCGCAAGAAACCGUCAAAGAAUUCUGUCAUCUCGUUCACAAAGAGCAAGUCAUGGCACUGCACCAGAAAACCAAGUGAUCAAGAAGAUGGUAUUAGUACUAAUAACAAGUCAAAAAAGAAAACUCAAGUGGCUCCAGAUGGUUGCUUUUCAGUCUAUGUAGGGGCUGAAAAACAAAGGUUUGCAGUCAAGGUAGAGUUUGCUAACCAUCAACUGUUCAAAAUGUUGCUAGAAGAUGCUGAACUGGAAUAUGGACACAAUAGUGAAGGUCCAAUAUUGCUUCCCUGUGAUGUUGAUUUUUUCUACAAAGUCUUGGCGGAGAUGGAGAGCGAAGAAGUUGAUGAUAUUAUGAUUAAUCCUCCAAGUUGCAGCUCCUUAGCCCUUUGCAGUCCUGCUCGUUGCUUCAAUUCUAGAAAGGAUGGUCAUGGUGCAUAUAGGAUUCUCAGUCCAUCAAGGAUACUGAAGCUGAUUUAGUUAUAUAUAUAUAGCCAUCUACAUGAUCAAAUAGUCCGUCCUUAAUCUCUGGUUUUAAGCACAUAUAGCUGGUUCUAUUGACCUAGGAAGCUUGUUUAUUUGUACUUGUGUUUAUGAUCAA